CAGCAGUCGGAGGUGGAACCCUGUCUGGGAGAACAGCAACAUUAGCGUUAGUGAUUGAAGUUUCAUACAAAAAUGCCAUCGUCUGGACGCUGCAGUAGUUAGACCAUACAGUACCGUCAUGAGCGGUACAGUCAGACAGAUUGCUGUGGCUACUGAUCCAGGCACCCCGUACUUCCUGCGAGUGGACUGGGCCUCAGCCCUCGGUGCUGGCUUCACGUUAGCGCUCACCGAUGGCAGCUCGGCUUGGCUUGGAGAAGUUUCAGAAGAUGAGGUGACAAGGGAAGCCAACAAUGUGGGAGCCACAGAGGAGAGAUAUGUUGAGGAUCUUCUCCAAGCGCUAACCGGAAGUGAAGGAGGAACGAGAGGAGGCGACGAAGGGUUGUAUUCUUUCCACAUCAGUCCAGAUCACCGCCAUCUCUCAUAUCAGAAGAUUUGUAACGACACCUCGGUGCAUUUGGGUUCUGUGGAGCUGCAGCCAGCGCCAGACCCGCUAGCGCUAAUCCAGGAGAUGAUUGGCCAGUCCCUAAAGCACUGUACUCAUCUGGAGUCCAAAAACUGCCAGCUGUUGGAAGAGACCCGUAGGCUGAAACGGGAGCAUCAGAGAAUUCUCCGAGAACUGGAACAGCAGGUUCGAGAUAAGGAAACGUUGGAGGGUGAUCUGUACUCGCGCUUUGUCAUGGUGCUGAAUGAGAAGAAGGCCAAGAUCAGAGGCCUGCAGGAUGCUGUCCGCCAGCUGCAUCAGACAGAUGAGGAAGGGAGACACAGUUACCAUGACAGAACUCCGGACAGUACAGAGCAGACCAUUCAUCCAUCUCAGGAGCCAACUAUUCUCCUCACAGGUUGCAAUCUGGAGUGCCAUGGCAUCUCUGCGGACCGGACCUUUUCCGAUGAGGAGGAUGAACAGCGGAGGCGAAAGAGCAGGUUGCUAAACAGCCAGAAGCCAGAGCCUCCACAGCAGGAAUAACACCUCUGGAUUUUGAUGAUACCUCUAUGUCUGCUGAAGACCACGGGUGGCCGCCUGCAUAAUCCCACAACACCCGCUUGCUGGUUUAGUAAUCCCUAAAGGAAUGUCACCCUGGCUCCUCUAUACAUCCCUUUUGUAAGACGUUUUAUAAAGGGAAGGCCAGAUCAUUUCUGAAGGAUCAUUCACGGAUGAGUGCACGACAACUUGUAAGUGAUGAUGAGACAUUAUUAUGGACGAGAUAGGAAACUAAUGAACAUUUCAGUUUUUUAUUUUUCAUUCAGCAGAGCAUGCUGUGAAUGCUGGAUAAUCUCAAACGGGUAUAUUUGUUUUUUCUUAUUUUGGAAUGUUUCCACUAUCAAUCUAUUGAUUGAAGAAUCAAUCUUAUUGUUUUAUUUUGGAUAUCACAAAUGUUGGAAAUGUAUUAGAAAUACAUGAAGGAGAAGGUGAUUCUUUUGAUAUGUGAAAUGUUGUCAAUGUGUCUCAGGUGCGUUAAUAUCUAUGGUGAAAUGUCUCACAUUGCAGGACAUUCCAACUUGACUUGAAAAAAAGAGGAACAAUAGUUUUUUCUUAUCAGUAUUUUCUGCAGCUAUGAGAAGCAUCCAUUUUGUUAACAAGGGUAAACAUUCAAUCUAAUAAAUCAUGACGUGCCUUUGCUGGAGUAUCUGUCAUGUUUCUGUCAUGAGGCUUUAUACCGUACAGUGGAAGCAAAGUGUAAAUCAACCAUAUGAAGAUGUGUUAUUAUGGUUAUGUACACCAACUAGCCUGUAUUAUUGACAAGUUGUCAGCUUGAAUAAAAUGUAUCCUAAUGAGAA